AUGGCUUCGACCUGGGAUCAUGAGAGAGACAAGCAGUUGCUUGUGGCCAUACUGGCCGUCCAUUCUCCGCUGGACUUUGCCGCUAUUGCUAAAGCGAUGGGACAAGGCGACAGCACUGCUGCUGUGAGACAGCACGUCCACGCUCUGAAGGCCCGCCAAGAGGGAACCACCAAGCAAUCUCCUACCAAGGACAAGACCGACAAGCCCACGGCCCGUGCCCGGAAGGUUACCAAGCCCACCACUAAGCGCAAGAACGCCUCGGCCACCAACCCUGAGAAAGAUUCCGUUGUCGAGGGUCAGAAUGGCGAUGAGGAGGAACCCUGCCCCAGUCCCACUAAGCAGCGUAAGCUCUAG